AUGUGGCGUGUGUUUUGCUGGAUCUGUCGGAAAGUGCAUGGGGCCGACGGCAAGGGCUUGGCUGCCGGUGUUGAGCCCGCUCACAUCAACAAUGUGACCAGGCAUAGCCAGUUCCAGUGCCAUGUGGACGCCUUGUUUGAACUUGGCUUGGCUCGUGCGCGGGAUUUGGACGCACCGCCAGCUACUGGCUUCAUGGAAGUGGCGAAGCAUUGUCAGAAUGGGAACCCUUGGUGCCAGGGUGUGGCAGGGGUUGGCGGCAGGAAGAAGGUCAGCAGCAUGAUGACCUGCCUGGCCCAAGCGCUGUUCAGAGACGACCAAGUCUUCAUGCAGUCUGCGGCUUCCAUUAUGCUACACUCUGAUGUACGUGGGUCAAGGCUGGCCAUUCGCUUCAGGGCUUCGAAUGCAAGUCUGGACUCGCGCACUGGUCUCCUGGGGGUUGCCCGCAUUGCCUCUCACUCAGCAAUGCACAUCAAAGAAGGGUUUCUGAAAGUGUUGGCAGAAUUCUGCAAAAGGGCGGGGGCAGUGGACUAUAAGCUUGUGGCAAGAAUUCUUCACCGAACUGAGAUCUUGGAUGGCGAUGCUGCCAGUGAUGGACAAUUGGCAAUGUCAUUGUUGAGAUCAAGCGGCUUGUUUCCGUCAAUCAAGUGCAUUGUCAAGGACCCUUGUCAUGCAUCUCGAAGGGUCAUCAAAAGGCCGUGGUCAGUCAUUGAUGAAAUCAAGGAGGCAUUUGUCAAAGUAAUUGCUGGCCGCCGGAGCUUGACGAACAUCAUCCAAAAUUCAGAGACUUUGGCCAAAGUGUUUUCCGACUUUGCUGACAGAAGCCUAGACUGCCCUGUCGUUGGGGCCCAGGCCAAGAAUUUGUCCCGGCGAGCCCACCGGUUUGACAGCUAUCAGAAGCCGCUGGCUCGCUUUUGUCUCUAUGUGUCAGCAUUCUUUGAAACGGCGUCGUGGAUUCAAGUGAACAGGCAGUCUGACAAGGAACAGUUUGAAACUGCGAGCUCCUUUCUUCACUGGGUAACGCCUUCGAAGCUCCUCGUGCUGGCAAUGUGCGCAGAUGCCGCUGAUGAAUCCCUCCUGCUGACCAGGCAUUUUGAUUCAGAAGGGCACGAUCUAGCUGCAUUGCACGCAGCUGCGGAGUCUUAUGUGACCAGGCUCAAGUACUUAUUUCUUGAAGGGCACGUUCUCAGGGCAACUGGGUUUACUUCGCACAUGCUGAAGUGGCUGGGGAAGACCAGAGCUGUCAAAGUGGGAAAGCGUGUCAAAUGCAUUGGUGGGGCAGGUGUUGUCACACCGCAGCUCACUGAAGACAGCCUCAAGCCCAUGAAGGUGUUUGUGCACAUGGCGUGUCAAACAAUUGACGCCGAGUACCCAGCCUUUGGAAUCCUUGGUGCCUUUGCUUGUUUUGAUGUACAGCCAUCGAAGCUUGAAAGGGACAUGGCAGCGCAAGAAGUUCAUUUGAGGCGCCUCGCUCAAGUUCUGAACCUCAGUUUUGAGGAGUUGGACAUGCAGUUUGGGGACCACCUUGCAAUUGCAUUGCACGAAGCGAAGCAGCAAAGACUGGACAAUGCUGCUGCCUGGGUUGCUGCCGUGAAGAAAACCUCCAGUGCUCAAAAGGCAGUUCGGCUGAAGCAUCCGUGUCAUAUCCUCAUUGAGGUGCUUGUUCGUUGUGUUGCUUGGCAAGGUUGCAGCACAAGCGGGGUUGAGCAAUUCUUCAGCCACGGCCAGCACCAAAUAGAUUCAAGCCGAAACCACUUCACAGAGGGCAACGAGGUGUGCGAGCUCAAGGUGAUGAGUGAUUUUCGGCACCGAGAUGCCACAAACGUGUGCACCAUUGCGAGGACAGUUUGGACAGAACUUUUUGCGGCUCCGCGCAAGAGCUCAGCCGAUCGAUUGGAUGCGGGCGUGCCACGGCCCAAGAAGCAAGAUUCCGAGAUCGCUUUCUUGAGGAAACGCCGGCUGGAAGCCGGUGGUGCUGACGACAGCAAAGCAUCCGUGCAAGCAGUGAUUGCCGAGUCUCAGCCUUACAUCACUGCUGGGUUGACCGACAGUAUCCAAAAUGAACUCCUUUUCCAGGAGAAAAAGAAGUUCAAAAAUCGUCUUCUUGCAUAUUUGGACGAGGCGUUGCUGCAGUCCGAAUUGACGCCAGACAUGGCGCAGCUUGCGCAGGCAUACUUGGACCACAGGGCCAAGCUUGAUAGGGACAGGCAAAAGGCAGAGAAACGAAAGUUCUCCCUGAUGAGUCCGGUGCCCAAUCUUGAUUCUCAACCAAUUCUGUUGGAAAGCAUGAUGUGGCUCAACAUGGAUUGUCUCCGUGGGAAGCAAGUCGUUGCCGAUGCAACAGACGCUGCUAUAUUUGUAGUGGAAAAACUUGACUGCCCCCAUUUGACAACACGCUGGGCUGUUGGCCUUCGUGGUGGCCAUGUGGUUGAUUUGGACUUUUUGAAGUCUGGUGGGUCAAAAGGUGUUUGUGUGUCGUAUGACCCAGCCAUCGCUAUCCAGCGGAAGGUGUACUUAUGCCCUUUGUUCAGACGUGAAAAUCCAAACUUGGCAACCAUAGUCGUGCAAGCCUCAAUGCUGCGGCACUCUAAGUGGACAUUGCUCUCGUCUUGGGAAGAUUUCUUCUACUACAGGAAGAGCCAGGGGCUACAGUGCAUUGCCUUGACCACGCGUGCAAGUCAGAAUAUUGUUGCAGGAAAAGAUGUGGUCAACGCAAGUGAGUUUCAGGACAAAUUCCUCAGCAAGCUCGCCAUUGUAUCCCGGCCCGAUGAUCCAAGCGGCCUGCUGCAGUCUGGGCCUCAACUUGGAAUAGGACGAAUAGAUAGCGCCGACCAACAGAUUGACGGAGCUGAGAUAGCGCCGACCAACGGAUUGGCGGAGCUGAGAUUAGCGCCGAGAUGGACAGCGGUCCGGGUCCUUGAUUGCAUUGACAGAGGAAGUGAUCUUCCAGCUUCAGAGUUGAUUUUUCUUCUGAUUCUUUGCCGCCGCAGCAUUUUGGCGCCUAGCUUCGACGAUCUCACUCGACGAUCUCACACUCAGUGCUGCCUGGCCAUGCCCAAGCCCACGAAGAAGAUGGGAAACGCUUCGGCGGAGUGGAGUCUCCAGGCCAGCAACCUGAACGUCAAUGAUGCCGUCUUGGCAAAGUUUGAGCAUGAUAUGGAUGUGGUUCUCCAACAUCAUGUGUUCUCAGAUGUGAAGACCAUGAAGCCUUUGGAAAUUGUGGAAGGGGCUGCUAAGCAUGAGGCUGGUCAUCAGGCCGUGUUUGCCAAGCAAGCCUACCGCCAAGCCAUUGACUCCCGUGGUUUUUACCAGUGCGGAGGGAACUUGUUUUGGAUCAACAUGGCGAGAAUGGUGAGCUCGCAAGGAGUCCCGAUGUCAGCCCGUGGCAUUGAGCAGCUGAAAGUGUCCCACUUUCAGUCCCCAAGGCCCUUGGAGCACAUGAUCAUCGUCCCAGUGGAGCAGGAGUGGAGCUACAAGGAAUUGAAAAACAAGUUCGGAAACUUGACUCGCCUUUCACCUGAAGAGAUAGAAAUAGCUCUGAUUGGCCGCAUUGCCGACCUGGUGCGCUCAGGCGCCGACGACAUUGAGCUGACGGCUUGGCGCACUGUGUGUCUCACAGCGACGUUUUCCUUUGAAGUCAUGAGCUCGGACUCUUCGAUGUAUUGGCGGGCAAUCAACACGCGCAGAAAGACAAUUGCUCUGUAUGACGCGGUUGCCCCAAGCCCGACUCAGAGAAUCUUUCAGCUCAUGACUUUCAAGGAAUCCUACGAAGCUGCGCAUGGCUCUGUCUCCAACAGUGACCUUGCAAGUAUCUACAAUGCAAACCUGCAGGAGAUAGAUUCCAACCUCGAAGACACCGUUUCAGAAAACUGGGUUGACACAGCCAUCAAGAUCUUCAAGAGGGCCUUCGCUCACGAGAAUUUGCUGGCAGAAGUUCUCCGCGAUGAAGGUGAAAACGGCAAGAAUGGCAUGUUUCAAACGUCAUGUUUGGAGGAGAUUUGCAUCAAAGGGAAGACCCAAGAUGACAUUUUCUGGAUCAUGCGCAGUAUGCGACAUGCAGUCAGCACGAAGGAGCUCACCCCGACUGACUUCACUGUUCGCUUCAUGUGUGGCCAAAAGUCAAGAGACAUUGCUGGCCUUGCAACCCAUGACGACUUUGAGUUUUGGUGCCUGGGCGAAGACAUUCAAUGGCAGGGUAAUGAGAGCGAAUCCACUCGAAUGACACUCAGCUUCUUGGAGGACGUUAUCUUCGGUGCCCGGCACGAUGCAUCGUUGAAAAACGUCUUGAAGGGCACGGCCGAGCCAGAGGAAGUGGUAGGGCAUUCCCCAUUUGCAGACAUGCUCGAGGCAAUUGCCAAACAGAUGCAGUUGGAGGCGCCGUUGCCAGAUGGUGCUGACCCCACAUCUAGCGUUGUUCUCGGCAGUGAUGAAGGCGAUGCCCAGCCUUUGAAAGACAACGAAGUUGCUUUGACCGAUUUGGUGCCCAACGCCGGUGAGCAUGACCCUGACGCACUCCGAGAGCAUCUUCAAGCUCUGGAGCGCAGGAUGAAGCAAUUCAUCAAGUUUGUCCCCAUGUCGGAAAAGUACAAGACCUUAGCUUUGGAGUUUGAAGGCACGGCCCUUGCCACAACGAAGCUGAAGAAGGGCACCCACCCAGUCUUGAUCUAUGAUACCAAGUGCUUCGGCGAGGCAAACUCGCAGGCGCACACUCGAAUCCCACCUUUCCAAAAGGACCAACUCAAAACAGUGCUGCGGGCCUGGUGUACGGCCCGUGGCGUGGCGGCUGGUGAUGAGAAUGAACUUGGAAUUGUGCUUGUCUUGGACGGGUUCCGCCCGGGGCUGGAGUCAUCCAUCGGCCAUGCAUUCCAAGGACCAGAUGGCAAGUUCUAUCAGAAGUCUAGGUUUCAGUUCUCGGUGAAGUACACCGAGGAGAGCUUGCUGGCCCGGAAGCAGCUGCAGCGAGGAGUGGUCCAACAAGUCGAAUCCUUGCAUUGCUUCACUACUGAUGGCUUGGUCCUCAAGAAGAAACAGCGUCUGCACAGCAAGGAAUCGAACAUGGCUUCGAUGAUCGGAGACAUCGUUCUGCCAAAGCAUGCAGAUGUUUGGCGCCUGGCCCCUGAAGUCAAAAAAGAGGCCCUGGGUCCCAAGAUCAUGACUGGGGGGGCCUGCGAGGCCAAGUCUCCAAAGCCAGUGUUCAGUGAUGCCAAGGAACCGAUCUCAUGGCAUUCUCAAGCAGAAGCUUUCUUCGCAGAAGUGGCCCACUCUUUCUGCGCCGGGGUCCUGGUCCACGCCACCGAGACCGACGGAUCAUGCGCUGUCCAUUGCGUGAAGGCGCAAGUGCCUUAUGUGGGGGUGACAUACACCCAAAAGCAUGCGGACCUAUUGUGGGCCGAGUGCCUUCGCCGACUUUGGCGUGAUACCUUGGAUGACAAGUCGCCCAUCUACAAUCCAAGCCUGGCAAACUUGCUGGCAGAGCAGGAUGAAGAGGAAGAUGGGACUGAGGCAGCCCCCGCCAAGAAGAAGAGGCGCAACGCCGGCGGCCCGAAGAUCUUGCGCCCCAAGAAUGUCUCAGGAGAAGGGGAUGAUGAUGAGCAUGAAGAGGGUGCCCAUGAGGCCACGAUCUUGGCGGAGCUCCAGAAGCUUGCUGAUGGCGAAGGUUUCGCACAAGCAUGGCUUAGCUGCUCGGGCGCCUGGCUGGAGAAGUCGCUGGGAGCCAUCCUAUUUGUUUUGGAUGGCAACUGGAACAAUCAAACGAUGAAGCUGUUUGGCUACAGUAAUCGGCAGCUGAAACAGAAACCGGCAGCGGCGGUCCAGCUUCUGAAGCAACCCCGGCCCAAUCAGAUGCAAAAAGUCGAGAAUGCAAUGAAGAGCAUGAUGAAGUGGAUUUUGGCAACUGCGGCCGGCACCAUUGCCGCAGUGUGCCCUGAGAUUCACCCUCGCGGCCGCCUCAUCGUCGGCAGCGCCUGCUCUGGCAUAUCGGCAGAACUGAUGGCCCUGGACUGGCUCAACGUCAAGUAUGUUGCAUGUUUUGGGUGUGAGUGCGAAGAGCACUUGAGACGGCUCUCUGGUGACAUGCAUGGCUAUUGUCAGAUGUACGAUGAUGUUCGUUCUCUUAAUUAUUUGUCAUCUCCAACAUGCGAUCUGUUCGUUGCCGGCUUUCCAUGCCAGCCCUACAGUGCAGCUGGAAGUGGCCAAGGUGCUUCAGACAAGUCAUCAGGACAGAUCAUGAUGUCGUUUUUCUUCACCCGGCAGGUGCAGCCUGCUCCGUUGGGCCGGUUUCUCCAAAACAAGCUGUCUGCAAAGACUGCUGCUGAACUUGGAAUUGACCGCCGCUCCCUCAACAAGACUGAGCGCCUGAACUUGAGUGCUGUUCUUCAGAGCCUCAAGGGGGUCGACCUGGCCAAGGAGAAGUGGGUGGCUGACAUCAGCGGAUCGAAGGCUCACAAGAUGAAGGGCAUAUCUCCUACUCUUACGAAAUCACGUGCCCAAUCAAAAGGUUUUUGGCUCACUUGGCUGAACCGUAAGAUGACGACCGAGGAAAUUUUGAAACUGCAGGGAAUCGAUCCCGACAUCAUUCCUCCCGGGGUUGUCUCUGAGAGGCAGGGAACCAAAGGCUUCUUCACUGCGGAGUGCCCUUUGAAGGCAGCGAUAAACACGGUCUGGGCCUUGAAGUCAAAGUGUGUUUUUACGUCGUCCCAGUCGUCCGGGCAUCCCAGUCAGCCUCACUUCGCUGCAGCAGGGCCUAAGAUGACCAAGGAGAAGGAGAGCGGAAAGAAAAAAGACACGCCAGAACACGACACAGCUAGAUUGAGAGAAGAGAGGAAGGAAGCAGAGAAGAAUAAAAGGGAAGCUGAGGCCGAGCUGAAGAGGAAGGAAGGUGAAGAGAAGAAAAGGAAAGCUGAGGCCCAGCUGAAGAGGAAGGAAGACGAAGAGAAGAAAAGGAAAGCGGAGGCCGAGCUGAAGAGGAAGGAAGACGAAGAGAAGAAAAGGAAAGCUGAGGCCGAGCUGAAGAGGAAGGAAGACGAAGAGAAGAAAAGGAAAGCGGAGGCCGAGCUGAAGAGGAAGGAAGACGAAGAGAAUAAAAGGGAAGCUGAGGCCGAGCUGAAGAGGAAGGAAGGUGAAGAGAAGAAAAGGAAAGCUGAGGCCCAGCUGAAGAGGAAGGAAGACGAAGAGAAGAAAAGGAAAGCGGAGGCCGAGCUGAAGAGGAAGGAAGACGAAGAGAAGAAAAGGAAAGCUGAGGCCGAGCUGAAGAGGAAGGAAGACGAAGAGAAGAAAAGGAAAGCUGAGGCUGAGCUGAAGAGGAAGGAAGACGAAGAGAAGAAAAGGAAAGCGGAGGCCGAGCUGAAGAGGAAGGAAGACGAAGAGAAGAAAAGGAGAGCUGAGGCUGAGCUGAAGAGGAAGGAAGACGAAGAGAAGAAAAGGAAAGCUGAAGCCCGAGCUGAAGCUGAAAGGAGGAAGAAACAGAAGGCCGAGGCUGAAGCUGAAGAGCAAAGGAGAAAGGCAGAGGACGAGGAACAACGAAAGCUGAGGGAAGCUGCUAUCAAGAGACAUGAGGAUCAGAUGAAGGAAGUUGAGGAUGAGGCGAGAGAGAAAUGGAAGCAACGACAAUUUGCACAGGACUGGAAAAAGAAGGAGGAGAAUUGGCAAGGGCAGUGGGAUGAGAAGUGGCAACGCCGGCAGUCGAAUAAUAGUUGGCGGCAACAGGACAAGCAGAACCAGAAACUUGACAAGAAGCAAGGCAACAAAGGGCCCAGAGACGAGGCUGAGGCUGAUGAUGGUGCCGUGACCAACAACGAAGAUGCCACUCUGGCCAGCGGUAGUAAGGAGAGGCCGAAGCCUGAAGACGAGGAGGAAGAGGAGGAGGAUGAUUCCUCAAGCAGCGACGACGAUGACGGUCGCAAGGGCAAGGGCAAGGAGCAGCAGCAUCGACACCGGCUUUGGCAGGAGGAGUUCAUUGAGCAAAAGCGCAAGGAGAAGAAGGCCGUGCAUGAGUUCUACGCUCGGCAGUGGCAGCGGCAGCAGGCAAGAGCCAUCGAUAUUUUCUCCAAUGCGGCGGUGGUGCAAUUGAACUAUCAGAAGCCGUCUGGUGUGGCCACGGUUGCCAUGGUUGCCACGGGGCCUCAGACCAUCGCUCAGAGCGGGACACCAACAACCCGUCCCAAUGCAGAGCUUGUUGAGACCGAAAGGUUUUCCGGUCAUUCGCUGAGGGUGUCGGGGGCCGAGUGGUUGUCCCGACUCGGGAUGCGGAAGAUGGACCUGGAGCUCAGCAGCCGUGGAGAAGUACAUCGGAUGGCGCCGUUGCUGAAAGAAGGGGCCGCACGAGAUGAUGAUGCGAUCCAGGACCCGAUUGAAGAACACCAGGGAGAGGCGGCCGACAUCCUCUCUCUCCGAGCACAAGUGGCAUCUCUGCGACAGGUGGUGAUGGAGCCUUCUCAGGUCUUGCUGCACCGGGCCAAGUCUCACAUAGUCCAUGUAGGUACCAGAAGGGCACGGUCCGAAUCACAGUGGAGGAGAAAAGCCGAUAGCACAGGCUGUCCUCGAACAUAUGUGGCGAGAGGUCCAACUUCAAUGGCAGCGGCGGCAAGCAGCGAUUCCGUUGGUGGCAUCCAGUCUCAGCACACCACAGCGAUCUACUCCGCCUGGGACGGCUGCGGGAAGCAACCCCAUGGCAGAAGGGCAGAAUCUGGCACGAGCACACCGCCACCAGAGUCGGCUUGGGCGAAAUCCUUCAUCACUGCAUCGGGUGACGAGGUGAAUCCUUUCCAGAAGCAGCUAAAGCCAGAGGCCACCCGGCUGCUGCGCAUCGAGGAGGACCAGAUUGUCCAGGACGAUGACGCCAAGACGUGGACCCCUCGGUCCAUGCUGGCCCUGAUGGAUGGAGUGAACUCAGUGAGAUGGGCUUGGAUCUUAUUCCAGUUGGGCGAGGAGGUGCGCACAUCCACACCUUCGCUGACUGCCAUGGUUCAUCCAGAAAAUUCGAGCCCGCCCCAACAAGCUGGAGAAUAUGAGGCUCUUCUGGGAAGCGGGAUGGUGCAUUGCUAUGGGCAUGCGAGCCAGUCAUUCGGAGCAGUGACCGCUGAGGUGGAUUUGCUGAACGAGUCCAUGAGCAAGACUAAAACUUCAUACGGAUGCAACAGUGGAACCAAUGCCAAAGGUUCCAAGAGAAGGGCAAGUCCAACCAUGGGCAGUACAGCAACUUUCAGAGAUGGAAGUCAGGGUCAUGGCAUCAGCAGCAUCACCAUGCUGGAGGCCACGACCAACACCAGGGUCGCUGGGAACAGCACGGGGCCGUUGAACGAUGUUUGGCGGUACCCGACCGAAUCUCAGAGAGCUUUUGGACAGACUGAGAUCGAGGGCAAACCACCCACCACUGAUUCUGUUGUCAUUCUGUGGUGGCAUCGGGUCAGCUCGCUUUGGGCAUGGGAGAUUGACAACGAAUGCGUCCAAGUCACCAAACUCUGGUUCCCUGACACGGUGCAUCGAAGAUGCUUCAUUAAUGACGACUACACAGAGGUCGUCAACUUGAUCAAGAAGGCCGGCCCCGAACACAAAUGUGUCCUCCUCAUCACAGCGGGGAAUGUCCAGACUACUCAGUGCAGGCCGAAGGGCGCAACUUGCCAGAGGGGGGCCAAGUUCACCGAGUUUGUGGACAAAGUUACAGAGUUGCAGAGCGCUUUGCCAGAGCACAGGUUCCUCACCGCUGCCGAGAACGUCAUUAUGAAUGACCCCUCGGACUGCAAGUUCAUUUCCGAGAUGAUCGGGGAGGUCGCAAACUUUGCCAUGGGCGGCCUGAAGUUUCACGAGGCUGUCAUUGAAGGCCGCCAUAGAAUCCUGUGCUUUACAACUCCGAGUCCGGAUCCUUUGGGAAGACCACCACCACAGAAACACCGUCUUCGCACAACCGAGGAGGCAGCACAGUGUGCGGCGCCAGUGGUCCCAAGAGCAGUUUCCGUCAGUGUGAUCCAGCAGGUGGUCCAUGCAAUUGGGCAACUCCACCAUGGCCAGGGACCGGGCCAAUGCAUUAAUUCAGCUAGAGCCAGGCAGUUGUGGCCUCAGCUGAACGAGAUUCGCAGUGCGGUGGUUCAGGAGCUGGGUGACAUGAUCUUGGAAUGGGAGCACACCACCAGUGCAUGGUGUGAGAGCCUCCCGGUAGAACUGCAGUCACAGUGUACACCACCAAUGGGCAAAAGACUGUCACCCCCGGUGCUCAUCGAGCUCCUUCGCCAGGCUGGUCAUCAAGGAGCUGAAGCAUUCAUGGACGAGCCGUCGCACAGUUUCGAAAUGACUGGGCCCCUGGCACUGGGCACUGGAUGGCUCAACCGACAAGCUACAGACGGCCAAGCCGAGCCCAUGCUGAAUGAGCUCCUGGAUGAGAGGGACAAAGGCCGAGUGGAGGGUCCACUGGAGGCGGCCAUAGCCGUGCUGCAGAGCGACAAAGUCCGUCGUUGUGAGGACUUUAGAAAGAGCGCUCACAAUGCGACAGUACGAGCUGACGCCUGUCCACACUACUACAGCGAUGUGGAGAGCUACGUGGCCGUGAUACGCCAUUUACAGAGGCGUCUUUUGGUGAUCCUCACUGGCCAUUUUGUUGAUGGCUGGACGGGGGUCGAACUGGAGGCUCAACGUCUAGCGGGCAAACUGGGCUUCAUGGCCAUUACCUUGUUUGGUGGGAUGGGGAUGGCUGCCAUCCAACCGUUCUAUGCCAGAGCACACUGUUUGGGAGAACAGGCCGAGGACUUUUUCCUGGCAUGUGGACGACGUGACCCACAAGCCAUCAUCUACUCCGACGCCUUCUUCCAGGUUGGUGAGAAGAUCUGGCGCCCUCGAGACGCCCCGGAACUAUGGAACCCGAAGAAGCGGAAACCCAAGACAAAUGGAUGGGGAUUCGUGGCAAGGCUCCGCGACAAGGUGCUUUAUGCUCAUGGAGAGCUCCCAGACACCUUCAUCGAGAAGUUUGUCUCGAGGAAAGCAUUCAUCGACAUGAUGGAGAUUCUGGCCGCUGUCACGGCGGUAACCUUCUUGCGGCAAUGGCUGCCACCUUACUUCGUGAUGUUCAUCGACAACCAGGUCGGGAAGAGCGCUCUCCAGAAGGGUUACGGAAGUGACCAGAGGGUGAACGCGAUCAUCACUGCUUUUUGGGCCUUGGUCUCACACGAGGUCGACACCACUGAUUUCCUACAAAGCUUGGAGAAGUUUUCCCGAGAUCCCGAUGGCUCCAUUCAGGGUUUGCCCGAAAACUUGCUGGCAAUUGGAAGGAUAGUUGAGAAGACAGAUGCCGCCCGAAAAAAUAGUG